GGGGCGGAGUUAACACAAUCGUUAAAAAAAAAAAAAGAAAAAAAAAAAGGGAAAAUAUGCAAGUGCGUUUUUUACAUUUACAUACACGUAGGUGUAUAUGAUCAGAGCGCUAACCCGCUUCACGCGAGAAAGUUUGCUACCCAGUGGGAUGCCCAAGUGCUGUCAUUGCAGGAGCAGCUGAUGGGGAAAGAACAGUGGGGGAGGGGCAGCUAGGCCACUUAUGGAGGUUCCCUUCUUCAGCGUUUGCCGCGUUUCCCACGUUUGCCACGUAUGUCACGCAUACCGCGACUGCCACUACUGGGAGUGUUGCCCGGCUUAACCCGUUCAGUGACGGCCAAGGUGACCGCUCCUCGGCUGCGGCUCCCCCGGCCAGUCAGUGGACGAGUCUGACCUGCAAGUGACGCUGUGCCAUAACGCUGACGAGUGACGUCGAUUCGGAAGGACUCCCCCCCCACAGCCGCGAACUCGAACGUGCCAGCAUGGACGACUGCUCGCAGCGAGAAAGCAGCAACGAGGGUACCCUUGAAAAUGAAAAAAAAAAAAAAAAGAAAAAGAAAAAAAAACACACAUAUUCCGUAAUAAAGGAAGUGAACUACUCGCAGAGUGAAGACGACUCAUCGGCAGAAAAACCCAGGAAAAAAAAAAAGGGAACGAGCAAAAAAAAAAUACACAUAGAGGAUGUCCAAAGGGUGAGGGAGUUAAAGGGGGACUCUUCAACUGACGAGUGGGGCAGGAGCAACAGGCUGCAGGAUGGACGGGACCCCCAACUGAGGGGCUGCAUGAACUCCCAGGAAGGUGACGUCGAUCGUUUGCUGAAGAUGGGGAGGGAGAGAAGGAGAAAGCGGGAAAAGCAUACCAACUGCAGUAGCAACUGCAGUAGCAGCGGUGAUGGCCAUGACGGCGAUGGCCAUGACGGCGAUGGCCAUGACGACGAUAGCAGUGAUGACGAGCACGAAGUGGAGCUGCUCCAAGGGCAGAGACGCAGCGGGGAGCAGGACGCCACGACAGCUCCGGCCAUGCACCCCAAUCUGAAGGAAGCCCCACGCAAGAGUAGAAGAAAAGACGCACCAUUCAACAUGGUGAAUAGACCACAAAUGGCGAACAUGCCGCGGAAUGGAACCUACGAGGAGAGGCCCCAGGAAGGCCGUCGAAGUGGGCAUGGCCGUGGUGGGCGAAAGGGGAGAGUAAAGGCUGUGCCCCCCGCAGUGGGUCACAUUUACAAUGCGAGCAGUAGCGACGCGCACGAUGUGAGUAGUAGCAACGCGCAUGAUGUGAGCAGUGGCGACCCACAGGACGCAGGCAGUGGCGACCCACACGAUGUGAGCAGUGGCGACCCACACGACGCAGGCAGUGGCGACCCACACGACGCAAGCAGCAGCGAAGGGAACAUCUUUUCCAAGCUGCUCUACAAAAUAAGGAAAGCUUUCGCUGACCGCAGGGGGGACCCCAUAACGAAUGAAAACGUGGUGGACGGCGACAUCUGUGAACUUGCAAUUGUGGGUGGCAACGGAAUGGAUCCGAGUGGCCUUCACAACAUUGCGCACCUUGUGGAGGAUGAAGACACGUUUAUAAUUCAGGGGCAUAGCGGUAGUCAUACAGGAGGGGGAGAAGACAGGGCAGGCCCUUGCCCUCAUGGAAGCCCCCGAACCAAUGAGAUGAUUUGCCUGAAUGGACUAAACCCGAAUGACCUGCUAAACAGCUCCGUCCUCAUCAACUCCAAUCGCUCAGAAAUAAGUGAAAUUUUUAGUAACGUCGAAAAUGGGAUCAUCAUGAUGGAAAGGCGGGACGUGGGUCCAAGCGGCACUGCACCUACAGAGGACGCAGCGGGGCAUAUCAGAGGCAGCGACCAUGUAAGAGGCUACCACCGCUUUACCUACAGACGCGUCUCCCACAAAAUAGCCACCUACGUCAGGGAGAACAUAUCCUACGUGAAGGAAAAAAUAAAAAGCUACUGGCUAGAACGAGUGCGCGAGGCGAACACCCAGCUGACAGCGCCCCGUCAAAGUACCAACCAACGGGAGGAAGCAAACGAACGGGGGGAAGCAAACGAACGGGGGGAAGCAAACGAACGGGGGGAAGCAAACGAACGGGAGGAAGCAAACCAACAGGCACUUCACACCGAAGACGAAAACGACGACCCUAGCUGUCUCCAAGUGCUCUUCUUCCUAGGGCUGGUGUGUAAAUUCCCUAUCCUCUGGAUAAUCGGCUCCAUCGUAUUCUGCAUCACCCCAAGUGAACAUAAAAAAACAAAAAUGUGGAGUCUAGUCAACACCUUGUUUGCCCUCAUUAGCGUAAUUUACUUUAUAAGCACCUCCAAAUUUAAAAUGCCCAAGCCAGUUUUUUUUGUCCUCAUGGAAGAAAAUAAAGAAGAAAAAAAUUAUAUGCUUCCAACAGGGGUUUUAAAAAACGAGCACAAUGCUGCUCACAGCUCGGUGGGGAAGUCCUUCCUAAAUUGGAACUUCGUGUCGACGCAGAAGCCAGACGCGCACAUACUGCUAAGCAGCGAGGCGUAUAAACUCCUAAACCGCGUACAAGUGACGUUCCUCUUCGGAAGGGGCAGCGGCUACCCCCGCGCGCAGGUCGAAAGGAUGAAGCCCUUUUUUUAUAACCUAAAAGAGGGCCUCAGGCCGGUCCCCGUGGAGAAGCUCACCAUGACGGACCAGGACGUCCCCGAGGACUUCUUCGGAGGAGGACUCAGGUGCGAACGGACGGAAAGGCGCUCGCCUGAGAAGGCCAGCGAAGCGGCAACCGGGAAAGCCAACGAAGCGGCAACGGAGAAGGCCAAGUGGUAUUUAUUCUGGAAGGAAGAAGACAACUUAAAGGGUAGUAACUCAGCCGGAUCAGCAUCGGACCUCUCCCUCCCCGUUGGAGAAAUCUUCUUCUUCAAAAGUGAGCACACCUGCAGGGUGGCUUUCCUCUACCCAAAAAAAACGAACCCCAAUGAAAAGGAGAUGCCAGAAAAUUUUGUCCAAAUAAAUAAAAUUAUAAUAAAGCCCUUUUGA